GCCGGAGCGGAGCGGGUCCCCCGCCGGACUUGCUGGUGGCGGCGGUGCUGCUGGGCGGACGACGGAGCCCCGAGCGAGCGAGCGACGGACCCCGGCCGGCCCUCCGGGAGCGAUGCUGGUCCUGGCCGUGCUCUGGGUCUUCACGGGAGCCGACGCCGCUUUCGCCCAAGUUCUGCAGACCCGCUUUGUCGAAGAGCCUGAGGACCAGACGGUGGUGGCCGGGCAGAGGAUUGUGCUCUCUUGCGUGGUGCUGAACUAUUCCGGGAUCGUGCAGUGGACGAAGGAUGGCCUCGCCCUGGGGAUGGGGCAAGGCCUCAAAGCCUGGCCCCGGUACAGGAUCAUUGGAGCCUCCGAUUCUGGACAAUACAACCUGGAGAUCACAGAUGCCGAACUCUCGGACGAUGCCUUGUACGAGUGCCAGGCCACAGAAGCAGCGCUUCGUUCCCGGCGCGCCAAGCUGACAGUCCUCAUUCCUCCCGAAGACCCCGUGAUCGAUGGAGCCCCUGAGAUCCUGCUGCGGGCUGGGACCCCGCACAACCUCACGUGCUGGGCACGCAACGCCAAGCCAGCCGCCACCAUCGUCUGGUUCCGCGAUGGGGUGCAACAGUCAGAAGCGGCCACGACCACGGAAGUCUUGCCGGACGGGAAGCGAGAAUCCACGCUCAGCCAGCUCCUCAUCAACCCCACCGACCAGGACAUUGGCCGUGUGUACGUCUGCCGCUGCACCAACGACGCCAUCCCGGCGGGAAAGGAGACCUCCAUCAAGCUCAACGUUCACCACCCCCCCACCGUGACCCUGUCCAUUCAGCCCCAGACGGUGCAGGAAGGAGAGCGAGUCACCUUCACCUGCGUGGCCACCGCCAACCCAGAGAUCAAAGGCUACAGGUGGGCCAAAGGCGGCAUCAUCAUCGAAGACGCCAAGGAGAGCAGAUACGAGACGCAGGUGGACUACACCUUUUUCACGGAGCCCGUCUCGUGCGAGGUGCACAACGAUGUGGGGAGCACCAAUGUCAGCACCCUGGUGGAUGUGCAUUUCGCCCCUCGCAUCGUGGUGGAGCCCAAGCCCACGACCACCAACAUCAGCCUGGACGUGACGCUUACCUGCGUGUGGGCAGGGAAUCCGCCCCUCACCCUCACCUGGACCAAGAAGGAAUCCAACAUGGUGCUGAGCAACAGCAACCAGCUGUACCUCAAGUCCGUCACGCAGGCGGACGCCGGGCUGUACGUCUGCAAGGCCAUUGUGCCACGGAUCGGAGUGGGUGAGAGAGAAGUCGCCCUCAUCGUCAACGGUCCCCCCAUCAUCUCCAGCGAGUCGGUCCAAUACGCCGUGCGGGGGGACCAAGGCAAGGUGGAAUGCUUCAUUGGAAGCACCCCUCUCCCUGACCGGAUGGCUUGGAGCUGGAAGGAGAAGUUUUUGGAGGCGGGCACCCUGGAGCGCUACACUGUGGAGAGGAGCAACACCGGGAAUGGCGUCCUCUCCACCUUGACCAUCAACAACGUGAUGGAGAGCGACUUCCAGACCCACUACAACUGCACGGCCUGGAACGGCUUCGGGUCUCGGACGGCCAUCAUUCAGCUGGAGGAGAAAGAGGUUUUGCCCGUGGGAAUCAUCGCCGGAGCCACCAUCGGAGCUGGCAUCCUGGUCAUCUUCUGCUUCGUGGCCCUGGCCUGCUUCCUGUACCGACGGCGCAAAGGAAGCCGCAAGGACGUGACAUUGCGCAAGCUGGACAUCAAGGUGGAGACGGUCAACCGGGAGCCUCUGACACUGCACACGGACCGUGAGGGGGACACGGCCAGCGUCUCGACGGCAACACGCAUCAUGAAAGCCAUCUACUCGCCGUUCAAAGAUGACGUGGAUCUCAAGCAAGACCUGCGCUGUGACACCAUCGAUACUCGGGAAGAAUAUGAGCUGAAGGACCCGACCAAUGGCUACUACAAUGUCCGUGCCCACGAGGACCGUCCGUCUUCGCGCACGGUGCUCUACGGCGACUACCGCAACCCCGGCCCUUCCCGCUACGAGACGCGGCCCUCAUCCUGCCUCUCCCACUCCAGCGGCUACGCCCAGCUCAGCACCUACAGCCGGGGACCUGCCUCGGAGUACAGCGCUGAGCCCGUCCCGGGCCCCGCUGCGGGCGCCUCCACGGCCGAGACAGCCAGCCAGCUCUCCUAUGAGAACUACGGGGGGCACGGGGCCUUCCCCCCCAACGCUGGCUACGCCACCUACCGCCUGGGCUACACCCAGCCCCCUCCGCCCGCCCUGGACCGAGCCCCCUAUGACACCUAUGACCCACUGGGCAAAUACACCACGGCCACCCGCUUCUCCUACACGUCCCCGGACUACGGGCAUCGCUUCCAGCAGCGGAUGCAGACUCACGUCUGAAAGCGGCCGGGACUGGGGAGGGCAGGCGGAAGGUACCUCACGACUCCCCCUGAUAUUCAGGGGCUCUUCCCCGCCCCCGAAACCCGGUCCACUUCAGCCCCCCCCCUGCAGGCUGGACUCACAGACCUCCACCCAACCUAGGACGAGGGCGACACCCAGGGGUCCCGGCGGGGUUCGUCUUUCGAAAUCUCCGAGCUUCCUUCCACCGUUUCUCGGAAAUAUUUUUCUUCCUCCUCGCAUGGAACACUGCUGUGAUGGGGAAAGGGGGGCCCCUUUCCGAGUCAUGGGGGGCUGCAAGGGUGUCAAGCGAAAAAAGGGGGCGUCUUGUGAGACUGGACCCUCCUCUCUGCCUGAGGCAGCGCCUUAGUCUUGCAGUGGACACCUGCAAGGAGGUAGAAGGUUGGAAAUGACCAAACCAGCGGGGGGAGCAGUGUGGCUGUGCUGGUGUUUGGCUUGGCCCCAAACAAGGAUCUGGGGGUGCUUGGGGAGCCAUGUGUUGCAGUCAGAGGGUGGUUCUCAUCAUAAUGAGUGCAAGACAGAGAGUGGCUGAUUUCUACAUCAUGUGGACUAGCGGCUUGAUUACCAAAUGGGGUCCCCACCCCUUCUUCUGUUCUGCACUUGAUGCAACGACACCUCCUCUGUAAGAGCAGGUGGAAACACCCUUCUUUGUCACAGGGAGGUGUGCGAACGGGCCUCUCUGGCGGCACAUGCUUUCACAUCUCCCCACACCAGUGCAAUGGAGCCCCACGUCCCUUGGGGUGCAAGCUGAUCAAAGUCAGGGGCUAACCCUAACCCUAACCUGCCCGAUAACAUCGAGAGAGCGUCAUCCUGCCCGCCUUGAGGCCAUGACUGAGCUCCUUGCAGAAUUUCAUAGACUUGCAGAAUUGUAGGGUUGAAAGGGUCCCCCAAGGAUCAUCUAGUCCACCCUGCUGCCAUGUGGGAGUCGAUUUCGUACACAAAAGGAUCCUGCCUGGGGUCCUCUGCGUCUUCACCCUUGCCACCAAAUUCAGAGGGCCUGGAGGAGAGAAUGGGCUGAACUCCAUUGCGAUGCCUUGUCUGACCUGCUUCCAAGACCUCAUCCCUCCCCGCCCCACCGUUGAAGGGGAUGGGAGCUUGGGGAGGGGGUUCUUAAGGGAGAAACCACCGGAGGGAAAAGGCCAAGGAGCUCUCCUAGGUCCCGUCCCUGUGACCUCUGGGUGUCUUGCUCAAACACCCCCUCCCAUCUGGCUUCCAUUCUCUCCAGGCUCAUUUCCUAGCCAUGAGGACUAGCAGCUUAAGAGGUUUAGGUAGAAAAAUCAAAACACCAGCCAAGACUCUCAGGAAGCUGAAGUCCACAGAGGGUGGCGACCCAAUGCUGGAAGUCUGUCUUCCCACCCUCGCCCCUACGAGUGCAGGACACAUCCCUGGAGGAGGGCGUUCUUUUAAGGGCUGCCCACCCUGACCACCCCCUGCUCCUGCUUCCUGCCAGUCUCCCCUCCUUGCCAGCCACACUCUUUCUCCCUUGCACUUUUAAGGGGGCAAACUGAUUCGCUGGCUGUGGAUGGUUGGAGGGUUUUUAAACUGUGGGGUGGAGGGAGAGUCGCGCUGAGAGUUGGGCAGCUCAAGUGUCCCAGCUGGAACUCGCCAGUCUGGAAGGGACCGCGAGGAUUAUCUAGUCCAACCCCAUGCAUUCCAGGAAUCACACUCCCAUCGCCGCUUCAGCAGAGGGUUUGGCCCUCUCCCUACUUUGUGCAUUCCAAAAAAGGGGCUCUGCCUCCUCUUUCUUUGCCAGUCCUUGCCACCCAAAGGACCCACCUGCCUUUCACCCUUUGCUACUUCCUCCCAUCCCUUGAAUGCCAAUCUCCUGCACUUUCAACGCAGACGGUUGGGUUAAACUUAUUUCUCUCAAUGUGUGUGUAUGCCGUUUAUUUCUGAUGUUUGUGUGUAUCCCCUCCCCCUUCUCUUUCAUCAUCAUCUCCUCUUCAAGGAAACCCACUCCCCACCCCCACUUUUUAAAUUUUUGUGCCUUAAAAACUCUUAGCUUGAUUUGGCCACUAAGAACAGCCUUGGGCAUCCUUUAGGACGACACCCCUGUCAGCCCCGAGAUGGUACGGCCGUGUGGUGCUGGGGCUGAUGGGAGUUGGAGUCCCAUGGCACCCAUUGGGGAGGCUGACCUAAAGCAUUGAGCAGAGUCUCCACCAGUGGAGUCUGGGGUGGGGGAAGCAGGGGGUGGUAGGCGCAAAGGUCCAGGUGGGGGGCUUCUCCAUCCAGCAGUUUUGCAGGAAGGGAAAAGCUUUGGCUUCUUGCGUGUUCCAAACACCCUACAAUUUUAUCCUCCCUUGUUGCUCUCCCCUCCCCCCUUCUUGGCAUGCUUCAUCUCUCAGGUGAGCAAACAGGGCUAAGAGAUGCACAAUGAGACUCCCUGCAGACCUACAAAGUGAGAUUCUCACUUGCCCCCACCUUUGCAUGCUACAUUUCUGGUUGCAAGCUGAAAACAGGUUUUUUGACAGCGGGUGCCCCCUGCACAUGACCUUGAAGCCCCUGGGCAUAAGAAUGUGCCCACACAGAGCGCCAUCUUGUGGUUGCCUCCGGCAACUGUGGCUCUGCCUGGUCAGAGAGCAGGAGGAGGCAGUGAGCGUUCUGGCACUCUUCACCUGCCAAGGUUCGAUUCCUGCUCUUGGAUUUGCCUUUACAGUAUUGCUUUUUCCUCCUCAGCAGAGGGGCUGAGAAUAUAUGCUGGGGGUCUCUCAUCAGGCAAUGUCUGAUGAUGAAUAUUUGAUUUACAAGGUCCCUCAGGCUGCUUUUUGAAGUGGUAUUUUCAGUGUAUUUUCUCCUUUUUUUGUAAGGAAAAGGAGCUGCCUGACCCAUCAGCCAUGAGCUCCCUUCCCUUUGAGGAAGCAGCUCGGGUGGUGCAAUACUGCAUGUGGCCACAGUGAGGUGCUCACCCACCCCUUUGAAUGAAGUCUAUUUGUGACGGGUAUUUACACACAUUCACAUCCUUUUUUGCUCCAGGAGCUUAGAUGAAUUGCAAAAGAGAGAGAGAGAGAACGAAAUGGAGAGAUCUUUUGAGGAGAGAAGGGAAAUGUCUCCUUCCAAAGCCUCUUCCUCUCUCACUUCCUCAUCUUAGACUCACAUAAUUGUAGAGUUGCAAUGCCGGAAUCACAGCUUAGGGCCACCCAACCUCUGCUUAAAAUCUCCAACAAAGGACAGGUCACCACUUUCCAAGGUGACAAAUGGCUCUUACUGUCAAAAACUUAUUCCUAAUCUUUAGUCAAAAUCAUCUUUCUUCUCAUUGGAAUCCAUUGGUUGUGGUCCUGCCCUCUGGAGUACCAGAAAACAAGCUUGCUCCGUCUUCCAUGGAACAGCCCUUCAGACAUUGGAAGAGGGCUCUCAUAUCACCUCUCAAUCUUAUCUUCUCCAGGCUAAGCAUACCCAACUCCAUCAACCAUUCCUCGCAAGGCUGUUUCCAGAGCCUGAUCCUCUCGGUCUCCCUCCUGUGCCCAUCUUCCAGCUUGUCCAUAUCCUCCUUAAACUGAGGUGCCCAGAACUGGGCACAGGACUCCAGGUGGGGUCUGACCAAGGCAGAACAGAAUGGGACUAUGACUUCCCUAGAUCUGGACACUAGACUUACUGUGGAUGCAGCCUCAAAUUGCAUUAGCCUUUUUUGCUGCUGCAUCACACAGUUGACUCGUGUUGAGCUGGUGAUCUGCUAAGACCCCUAGAUCCUUUUCACACAGGCAUCAGAUCUAUCCACUGAGUAGGCAGAACCGCAAAAUGUGGGGAGCCCUAUCCAUAGCGCAUGAGGUUUCGGGGCUCAGCGUCAUUUGCUGCCCAAGAGCACAAGACCCCCCUCCCUUGAGACAGUCGGGAAAUUCAGCAAUAAUCACUCCAAAGCCUUUGAGCGGGGAUGCACUCUG